AUGAAAUCAUUGCAUUUUUUCAUCGUUUUUUGUGCACUAUUCUCAUGUUGUUGCUCAGAAGUGACUGCAAAUAAUGAAAUCACCAUUUGUGAAGUGAAGCAAAAAGUUAAUAGCACAACGCAUGAGUAUGUAGCGUUCAAUUGCACCAUCGAAAGUGACGAACACUCUGCAAUUACUUUCGAUUUUCGACCAUUUUCCAUAAUUGAGCAAAUAUACUUCAAUCAAUCGCGUGUCGCCCGAAUGCCACGCGAGUUUUUCGACACUUUUGAGUUGGCACAACAGGUGAACAUGUCAUUUGUGGAGAUGACAACGCUUGGCGUUGAUUCAUUUCGACGGGCACGAGUCUUGAAGCGACUUGAUUUGUAUGGGAAUCAUAUUGAAUCGCUUAUUGAACGAGUUUUCAAUGGAGCAAAAAGUUUGGAAGUACUGAAUUUAACUAAAAACGUCGUUAAAGAAGUUCAUUGUGAUGCCUUCAACGGAGCUGUGAUGCUCAAGAAAUUAUAUCUUGGAGAAAAUCUCAUUGAAGAACUUUGUGAGACUCUGAUUCAAAGUUUGGUUGAACUUGAACUCUUCAAUGUCUCUCACAAUCGAAUCCAUAACUUGCCAAUUGGAUUUUUCGAUGAAAAUCUGAAACUCAGAUCAGUUGAUGUCUCUCACAAUCAAAUUGUUGCCUUCAAUGUUGCUUUUCCAGUGAAGCAUUUGUGUUACUUGAACCUCAAUAAUAAUCAAAUCCUUUCGGUAACUCUGAAGUUUGCCGGGAUCGAGAUCGAUGAGGAUUGUGAAAGUCCGAUCACGUUACAAGCUGAUGAGAACCUCAUCACAGCUAUUGAUCUUCCAGAGGAUUACCAUCCAGAGAUCUUAUCUUUGAAGUUCAAUGCUUUGCACGAUCUUUGCAACAUCACGAAUCAAUUGAAGUUGAAGCAUCUCUUUCUCAGUGGCAAUCCUCUGAACGAAGAAGACAUCUUUCAACUUACGAACUUGACGAAUUUGGUGAACUUGUCUCUGGCUCACAUCAAUAUCGAUCGUUUUGACAUCCGGAUGCUUGAAGGGCUUUCACAUAAACUGCUAGAGUUUGAUAUUUCAGAUAACGCUUUGCCUCAAUUGGAUUUGAGUGUUAUCAAGAUGCAGGAGUUGAUCCGUUUGAACAUCUCUAACAACAGGUUGAUGCACAUUGACGAGGAUUAUCUUCGUCCUCACUUCCCGAACCUCAAGUAUUUUGACAUCAACAAUAAUCGUUGGGGUUGUCAAUAUCUUCGCGGAAUGAUUCAUAUCUCCUUCAAACGUCAACGAAUCAAUGCCUUGCCUCAAAAGGGACAUCCUCAAGUCAAGAACAGACCAAACGUUGAUGGCAUCGCUUGUUUACAGGAACUCACCACGGGUCAUCUUGAGAUGUUUCGCGAACAAUUAGAAGGUCUCGUGAAAAAUAUCGCAGAUGAAAGCUUGGGAGAACUCAAAGCUGAAUUCACAUCUUCGUUGAGUGAAAUUACCGAAGAAAAUAAAUGCGCCAAUGAAAUGCAAAAUCGCUUAACGAUCUUUGAAGAGCGAUUCAAAACUCUCGAAGGACGUUUGGAAAAUUUGACGCAACUGAAUGAGCAAGUGAUGCAUCGCAUCAUUAAAUUACUCGAUGGAGAGUGAAUUUAAAUGAUAAUUUAUUCAUCAUUAUUAACUAAAUAAAGUGCGUUGUUCAACGGUGUUAGUGUGAGAAUUUCUUAAUUAUGCACCAGCUGACGACAGACGACUGUUUGCCUCUGUUAUGUUUUUUUUUUGCGCGUCUUUCUUCCAAUUAUAAUAACCAUAAAAAC